AAAUACCCACAUAUACAAUGAAUAGGUUUGUCAAAACCAUAUGAUAAAAAGAUAAUAUGCAAAGUCUUAAUUAUUGAUAACAGUUAAUCUGGCACGGCAUUAAUUAACGAAAUGGAGACUACAAAAUAACAAUACAAUAUCAUUUUAUAUGCUUUUUUAAUGUUAACCUUUUUAUAGUUCAAAUAUGGAUGCACAGAACAAAGACAAGCGAAAAGACAUUGACUGGUCCAGAUUUGGUUUAGGUUCGGAGACUGCCCAGAGAGUAAGGGCAAAUACAAGUGGUUUUGUUGAUUUGUCCAAUGAUUAUGGAGCUGGUGGACAUCAAGCAUCUGGGGCGAAUGAGUUGUUUGCGGAAGAACAGGGCGAUGUACCAUGGUGGAAAUCUAACUUUUUCAUAUCACAACCAGUAUUAUUUGGCACUUGGGAUGGAGUAUUUACCUCUUGCUUGAUUAACAUUUUUGGUGUAAUAGUCUUUCUUAGAUCAGGAUGGAUCGUUGGUGAAGCUGGUGUUUUUAAUGCAAUAGUUAUUGUAUUAGCUACAGUGUUCACUGCAUUAAUUUCUGUUUUGUCGGCUGUCGGAAUAUGUGAACGAUGUCGUAUUGAAAGUGGCGGUGUCUAUUUUGUAAUUGCACAUGUACUCGGCUCUAGAUUUGGAGGAUCCUUAGGACUUCUUUACUGUUUUGGACAAGCAGUUGGUUGUGCACUGAACGUUCUCGGAUUUGGAGAGUCGAUGGCCGAGUUACUUGGUCUUGGUGAUUCAAAAUGGGCAGUUCAAACCAUUGCUAUUGCAGCUGUAUUAUUAUUAAGUGUUAUUAAUGUAGCGGGAGUGAAAUGGGUCAUUAAACUACAAUUUAUUCUUUUACUUAUUCUUCUACUCGCAGGUCUUGAUUUUAUGGUUGGCAGCUUUGUACAUACUGACACAGAAAAUGGCUUUGAGGGCUGGUUGAGUAACAACUUGGGGGAUAACAUGUGGGGUAAAUAUACGGAAGGUUACAGUUGGUUUACAGUUUUCGGUGUAUUUUUUCCAACUAUCACUGGUAUUCUGUCAGGAAUUAACAUGAGUGGUGACUUAAAAGCACCAUCUGUAAAUAUUCCAAACGGUACUUUGGCUGCUAUCGGAACUGGAACGUUUCUUUACUUAGUUUUUAUAAUAUUCCUUGGAGCCACAUGUGUCAGAUCUGCACUGCUAAAUGAUUUUAUGAUUGCCGCCAAGGUUUCAGCAAUUCGUGUAUUAUUAUUAGCUGGUUUAUAUGUGUCAUCUAUGUCAAGUUGUUUAGGUGCCAUGUACGGUACUCCACGUGUCUUACAAUCAAUUGCCUUAGAAAAUGUCAUACCUGGUAUUGGAAUAUUAGGCAUGGGCAGAGGACCAAAUAAAGUUCCAUUGUAUUCAAUGGUAUGUGUAGCUAUAGUAACUUUCGCAUUUAUUCUAAUCGGGGAAAUAAAUACAUUAGCACCAAUUGUAACAAUGCCUUAUUUAUUAACUUACGCUUGUAUUGACUACUCAUAUUUUGCAUUAGCACAAACCUUUGAUAUACAGCAUCAAAGAGAGCAAAGAUUUUACAAAUCAAAAGUCCAUCAUUCUUAUAGUAUUGAGUCUGAUGAAAAUGAUUUGGACAGACUGUUUCCUGAACGCACAAGACACAAAACUCUCAGGGGUGAAUCUAGUUCAAAUUCGCCAAGUAGUCCAGACGACAGCAAUGAAACAAUGCCAAUUGCGCCUAAACCUCACAUUCAUUCAAAGCCUAAGAACUGGUAUUCAAAUCUUUGUAACAGAUGGUUGUCCCUGUUUGGUGCCGCCCUGAAAAUUUGCAUAAUGGUAUUAGUCAACUGGGUAUACGCUAUUGUUUGUAUCGGUGCCGUCUUUUUGGUGUGGUUGUAUAUCGGUACGGCCAAUCCGGCUGUUAAGCCAGGUCUGGCCUCAGAAUUCAGAUUUCUGAGAUGGUUCAAAAAUCUACUACUUAGAUGCAUGGGCAAAAGAGUUAAUGAUUAUGAACAAAUUGUUGUUACUCCCGUCCAUCCAGGCUUAGAUGUGACCUCCUCGCAACUAAACGAAGACAAUGAAGAUUUCUCAAACAGAAGACGUUAUCAUCAAUCAGCCACAGUACAUGGCCACAUGGUCAGUAUAGAUGACUGAUAACUACCCAGCUUUCAUCAUUUUUUCAUGUAUAUAUUUUUGUAAUUAAUGAUUAAUGUAUAUUAAAAUAUUUUCUCUACUA